UUUUUCAAAGUGUAACGAUAGUUUUACAAUGCUAAAACGAUAGCGAUAAUUUUGAGACAGCUGUUCUUGAUUUUUUAUGCAAUGGUGAAAGUGGAGGUGGAAUACUGUGGCGUCUGCAACUUCAGCGGGCAGUGCCGCCUGCUGCGCGAGUUCCUGCUGGCCUCGUCCCCCGAUUUGGAGGUGUCCUGCCGCCAAGGACGCCGAGGAUCCUUCGAGGUGGCCAUCGACGGGCAGCUGGUGCACUCUAAGCUCUCCUGCUUGGCAUUUCCACAGCAUGCCAGUGUCCUGGCCCAGGUUCAAAAGGCGCAGCGCGGAGAGCCAGUGGAAAAGGUCCUGGAGCAGCCCAUCAAGGACUGCAGCGUUAUGUGAUGGCUCCAAGAAUAUUUAGUUAGCCCUAGUUUAUUCAGAUAUGUUAAAUUUAAGGUUGUACCAAA